GAAUUUUUUUUAUUUUUCUCUUUUUUUCUUGCUGGAAAAGAAAACUAAUAAUAAGAAUUAAAGUUCAAAUUUCCAAGGAGCACGAAGAGCAAAAGCAGUCCCUUUUACUUGUUCAACUGCACUUCGAAUCUCUACUCUGCAACCAACCAUGGUUCUCGAGGCGACUAUGAUCUGUAUCGACAAUUCCGAAUGGAUGCGGAACGGCGAUUAUUCACCUUCUCGAUUUCAAGCUCAGGCUGACGCUGUUAAUCUCAUCUGCGGUGCCAAAACCCAGUCAAACCCGGAGAACACAGUCGGAAUUUUGACAAUGGCAGGCAAAGGGGUUCGCGUAUUAGCCACUCCCACUCCUGAUCUCGGCAAGAUUUUGGCUUGCAUGCAUGGUCUUGAGAUGGGUGGUGAGAUGAACAUAGCUGCUGGGAUCCAGGUAGCUCAAUUAGCUCUUAAGCAUCGCCAGAACAAAAAUCAGCAACAAAGGAUUAUAGUUUUUGCUGGAAGUCCUGUCAAUUAUGACAAGAAAAUGUUGGAGAUGAUUGGAAAGAAACUAAAGAAGAACAGUGUUGCUCUUGAUAUUGUUGAUUUUGGUGAAGAUGAUGAUGGGAAGUCAGACAAAUUGGAGGCGCUUCUUGGUGCUGUUAAUAAUAAUGACAGCAGUCAUAUAGUUCAUGUUCCUGCAGGUCAAAGUGCUCUCUCUGAUGUGUUGAUAAGUACACCUGUGUUUACCGGGGAUGGGGAUGGAGGAAGUGGCUUUGCAGCAGCAGCAGCUGCUGCUGCGGUUGGUGGUGCUUCUGGAUUUGAUUUUGGAGUGGAUCCCAACCUGGAUCCAGAGCUGGCUCUUGCCCUCAGAGUUUCUAUGGAAGAGGAAAGAGCGAGGCAGGAAGCUGCUGCCAAAAGGGCCGCUGAGGAUGCUUCUAGACAAGAAAAAGGAGAGGAGCCAUCAUCCAAAGCAGAAGAUGCAACUAUGAGUGAUGCUAAUGUUUCAGCUCCUGAAGAGAAUAAGAAAAUUACAAAUGAUGGUGAUGCAAAUGCUUUGCUCAAGCAGGCUCUUCAAAUGUCAAUGAAUAUCUCUGGUUCUAGUCACUCAGUGGGUGAUGCUGAGAUGUUAGACACAACUAGUGAGGAUCAGGAGUUGGCCUUAGCUCUUCAAAUGUCCAUGCAAGAAAGUACAAGCAACCCAUCCUCCCAAGCAGAUGAAAGCAAAGUAUUAGAGGAUCAAUCUUUUGUCUCAUCUGUCCUUGCAUCUCUUCCAGGAGUUGACCCCAAUGAUCCUGCAGUAAAAGAUAUUCUUGCAGCGCUGCAAAAUCAAUCUGAGUCUCAGCAAAAGAAGAGCGAAGAUGAACAAAAGAAGAGCGAAGAUGAACCAUCAAAUGAGAACAAGUGAACAUUUAAAUAUAGCGGUGCUGAAUGUUCAAGUUUUCUGAUCUCUGAGUUCUUUAUCUACAAGAAAGGCUCAUAAUAUCUCGGAAGAAUGAUGCAAGACUGGAUUCAGAAUUAGCUUCUACUGUUUGUAAUGGAAGUUAAGUUGAACUUUCAUGCUAUCUGCUCUUCUAUUGACAUUGUGUUGGAUGUUACAAGGUUGUAGUGAGUGGCAUAGUUAAAAUUCAAGACAUUGUAGAAUGGGAUGAAUUCUGGCGUUCUCCGCAUAAUUUACGAUAGCUUUAACAACUAA